AUGAAGCGGUGGACAGUCGCCCGAACUCUAAGCCUGACGGCUGUUUGGUGGAUCUUAGUUGUUUCUUAUGCAGCGGCUCCGUGCGAACUCUUUGGUGAGCUUGAGUACUACACCAUGGCGCUCUUUGCCUGUCAGCCUCUUCAGCAGCUGCCAGUUGAGCUUCCCACUCUGAGCUUGGUACUCUGCUUAGUGGUAUGCCUAGUGCUCCUUCCAAACUCCAUUUUGCAUGUAUCUGCUCUGCGGUGGAACGCUCUGCUCCACAGCGUCGGCAUAGCUACGCUGGUAAGCAGCGUCAUAAGAGCUGGGUUUGCAGUCCGCUUUCAGCCCCAAACUGCGUUCAGAGAAUCCUUGGCGUUCAUGGGCAUUGUCACAGGGCGCGCAGCGGCCAUCUAUCUAGGCAUGAUGCUUUUGGUGAUCUCCCGACGAUCCGUGUUCUCCGAGUGGCACAGCUUAGACUACACGAAUACGAUCGCAUUCCACAGGGUCGUUGGCUGGUGGGUGGUAGCCAUGAGUCUACUUCACUCCCUUGCCUUUGGGGUCUUCUACUUGGAGAGGGGUGGUUGGCGUGAGCUCUUAGAGGCUUGCCUUCCCCUUGCGCGAGCCUGCAGCAAUCCGGAGGACUCGUCAUGCUGGAAUAUCCUUGGGCUGGUGAAUGGUUUUGGAGUCGUGGCAACCCUUUUCGUGACAAUCCUAGCGCUUCUGUCAUGUGAACGUGUGCGCCGCGCAGCCUACAACCUCUUCUACUUCACCCACCUGAUUGCCUCAUUUGUUUUUAUGCUCUUCUGCAGUCUCCAUGAUUUCCCCAUGGCAAUUCUGAUGUUUCCGGGCUUGUCGCUCUACGUGAAAGAUAGGCUGAUGGCCUCUAGGUCCCGUGUUAGCGAGCCUGAAGUGACCGCCGAGAUUCUGUGCAGACAUGACGUUUCAAGCGUGGUGCUCCUGACAUGGCGCUCUGAGCCAGAUAGUCAGCUCAUGCCGGGCACUCGCUGGGUCUAUCUCAAUGUGAAGAGCAUCUCGCGCCUGCAGUGGCACCCGUACUCGGUGAUGCAGCUGGGAGACCGAACGCAGGUGCUUCUUAAGAGCACAGGGGACUGGUCAGAUGCAUUGUGCAAUUUCGUGGCCAGCGGACAGGCUCUGAAGCUUGGGAUAGAGGGCCCAUAUGGCCAGCCCAUCUGCAGCACCAGCGAAGCACGGCCGCGGAGCCUGCUGCUGAUUGCAGGUGGCAUCGGCAUUGCUCCCUUCAUCGAUUUCCUUUCUGGGCUGAGCAUGCUGGAGAAUGCCAUGUGGCAGGAGGUCAAGAUGGUCUGGGCUGUUCGAGGUGAUGAGUACAGUGGGCUGGUAUCUGCGAUCGAUUGGCAGAGUUUGCGUCAGAGGGCGGAGCUCUCAAUCUUCAUCACUUCCCAAGAAACUGUGGCAGGGGGCCUUCUCGUGGAUCAAAAGCUGGGAGCUGCUCCCGGCGGUGAGGCCCUGAGAGCAGAAGCGGGAUCAUACAGGAUGAGGAUCCUCCUGUCAUGCCUGCUUAUUACUGUGGGUGCUGUUGCCUCCGACUUCCUGGCCCACAUCCUAUACAUCAAGGCCCGGCCUGGAGUGCGCAGCCUUGCAGAAUAUGCUUGGCUGCUUCGUUCAGUACCUUUGCUCCUCUUGGUGCUGGUUCUCUUCCUCGUCAGCCUGGGGCUUCGCUGGCUCCCUCACUUCACCAAGCCCAGAAAUGAGCUUCCAGACAGCAGGGAGCUUGCAGACAGCCCUCACUCUCCGCUGACUUCGGCGCGGCAGGCUGCAGGGAGAGGGGCUCUGGAAGAAGGCCCGGGCAUCGGAGUCCAUCGAGCAAAGCCGGACUUGCCGCAGCUGGUGUCGCAGCAGGCGGCACUGGGACCCACAGAGGUAAAGGCAUGCGGCCCACAGCGGAUGCUGUCAUCGCUCACAGCCACUGUGCGCGAGCUCAACGCCUCUGGCUUGGAUGUUGUGCUGGACACCUUGGAGUCAGGCCUCUAG